AUGGCAAAAUCUGUAGAAAUACCACAAUCUGAGGCCGAUGCAGAAAAGUUUUACUUUGAAAAUUUAGAAUUGCAUCCUGUCAAGAUUUAUCUCACAUUCAAGUUGAAUCAUGAAGGAGAUGACAGUAACCCAUUGCUCGUUCUAUUCAAGACACUCGGUGUCACUUUCACUCGAAUUGAUAAUGCUCCAAUGAAAUUCAACUCUCUCAUUCUGAGUCAUCCUUUCAUGACAUUUAAUGCACUCAUGGAUAAGAUUAAGAAACAUUACAUUCGUCAAGCUACUGUCCAAUUCUACAAGAUUCUAGGCUCAUUGGAUAUUAUUGGAAACCCUAUUGGUUUGUUCAGCGAUAUUGGUACAGGUGUUGUUGACUUUUUCUAUGAGCCAGCUUCUGCCAUUACAAAGAGUCCUGAAGAGUUUGCGAGUGGAUUGGCAAAGGGAUCAAUGAGUCUCUUGAAAAAUUCUGUACAUGGUAUUGGUAACUUUACAUCCAAAUUGACAGGAAAUGUCGGUAAUGGUAUUGCCUUUUUAACCUUUGAUAAGGAAUACAAUCAACAACGUGAGAGACAGGCCAGUCAAAAACCUAAAGACAUUAAGGAAGGUUUGGCAUCAGGAGCAAAAUCACUUUUCAGAGGAAUUUAUGGAGGUGCCACUGGUAUUGUUACACAACCUAUUCGAGGUAUUCAAGAAGAAGGAGCCUAG